AAAAGCGGUACUGGUUGGCUGUGAAUAAACACAAUCAGAUGACAUACCAGAUCGACACUUGAGUCAGUCUCCGACUUUCUAGGAAGGUGGCCUAAACAUAAAAUUUUAAAUCAGACGAUGCCAUCACUUAUAUCUUGUCACGCAUUCUCCAACUUCGUUUUCUCCAAAAACCACUUGCCCAUCUCGCCCAUCUGCAACAACAAUCUUUCUACCUUGUCAUCUCGCUUCUCUGUCUCCUCUGCUUCACUUCCCUUGCAGAGCACAUCUUCACAAUUAAUUCAUGCUCCUCUGGAAGCAAUACUAUUUGAUAUUGAUGGAACACUUUGUGACUCGGAUCCUAUCCACUACCAUGCCUUCGUGGAGAUGCUUCAAGAGGUAGGUUUUAAUGGGGGAGUACCCAUAAGUGAAGAAUUCUUUGUAGAGAAUAUCAGUGGAAAACAUAAUGAGGAGCUCUCCCAUCUCCUGUUACCGGACUGGGAAUUUGGAAAAGCUAUGCAAUUUAUGGAUGAUAAAGAAGCAUUGUUUCGAAAAUUGGCAGGCACAGAACUAAAACGUUUAGAUGGCCUAGAUAAGUUGCUCAAAUGGAUUGAGGACCGUGGCUUAAAACGAGCUGCAGUUACUAAUGCUCCAAAACCAAAUGCUGAGAUGAUGAUCACGAAUCUGGGCCUAUCAGACUUCUUUGAGACAGUAGUCCUUGCCGAGAACUGCGAACGCGCAAAACCUUACCCUGACCCCUACUUAAAGGGUCUAGAAACACUCAAUGCCUCCCCUAAGAACACAAUCGUUUUCGAGGAUUCCAUUUCGGGAACUAAAGCUGGGGUUGCAGCUGGAAUGGCAGUCGUAGCUGUUGGUAUAAGAAACCCCGAAAAGUUACUGAUAGAAGCUGGAGCAACUUAUGUUAUUAAGGACUAUAAUGAUCAAAAACUGUGGAAUAGCUUGGAAGAGAUGAGCACAAAGGCACAAUAGAAGGUACUGCUGGAAAUACAUAAUUUACAAAAUUUGAUAGUAAUAUUUAAAAAUGAUCCGAGGUCUGCCUUUAUAGUGGAUUCCCAUCAAGUGGCAAUUCUCACAUUACUUGUCAUGUUCGAACAUCAAUCUGUUUGGUUAAACAGAAUUUAUUAUAUAUAUAAACUAUACGAUUA